AUGAGUUCAAAUUCCUUAUGUGAGACCGAGACAGAAGAUUCUUUUGAGGAAUCAGUAUACUCUCCGGAUGUGUUGAACGCUUUUAAGGCCUUUGGAAUUCCCAACCAUAAACUUAUAGUAAAAAAAGAUGUUCCAAUCAUGUUGUUUUGUAAUAUCGACCAAACCAGAGGACUAUGCAAUGGUACUAGAUUACAAAUCGUAAGGCUUGGAAGACACGUCAUUGAAGCACAAAUCAUAUCUGGUAGAUUUUUCAACGAAACUACUUAUAUACCUCGCAUGAAGUUGACCCCAUCCGAUUUAAAAAUUCUAUUCCGUUUUCAACGUAUGCAAUUCCCAAUAGCAGUUUGUUUCGCUAUGACCAUUAACAAAAGUCAAAGGCAAUCGUUAUCAAAUGUUGGAUUUGCGGUUCUAUCAAUCGAUUUUCUCAUACUCAAGCUUUCAGUUCCAGAGGAACGAGGGUUGCAGAUGAUGAAAAAACUUGAUAUUAUUUGGGCUGAUUUAAUCCAUGAGGCUCCAAAAUCGAGCUUUUUAAAACUGAUGUUACCCCCUUCAUCAUCUAUCAUGCUAUCUAUUGCUGUUGAUUAGUUUUUUGUAGUUCGAUUUUUAGCAUGCGAGUGUGGAAGCAAAAAAUCAGUGAUUUUAGUAGUUAGGAACUGAUGAUUUGGAUUUAAUUUUGAUGACAUAAAUCAAGAAAUAGUAAAUAUGAUGUUAUGGUAUAUUUAUAGUCGUGUACAAGUUUUUCUGCAAAAAUGAUAACGUGAAUUUGUAAAAUAUUUGUUCCUCAACGAACAUAAAAAGAUUUGAGGUGAGAUCGUUGUCAGUAAUGAUGCUGGGUCUUAUGUGCGCACUCGUAACUUGUAAACAUUACAUCCGUUGACUUGAGAUUCGUUUAUAAGAAAUUUAAUCUUAAAACACCAUUUCACUUUGAAGCUUGUUAAAAGUUGGCCCCCAUAUGUCUUAAUUAGUGACUUAAUAAGCCCUUAGUAGAAAGGAAAAAGGGUGCAAUGUUGGAUGUCGUCAGAGCAACCAACUUUUGAAAUUGGAUGUGUAAAAACACGGUUCUUAAUCAAUUAAAUCCGUAACGUUAAACUUCUAAUUUAGGGCUAAUCCUAGAGCUUAAUAAUUACUGAAUUGGAUGGAUAUGAGCUUAAUUGGUUAAGUUCUUAAUGAGUGGGACAAAAAUUAAAGUUAAUUUUGUUGUUAUUACAAAGUCUUGAAACUGUCCAUUAAUUUUGAAAAAUCAUAUAAAAAUGUUUAAAGUGCACGAAACUCGUGUCCUAGAAAGGUAUGGAUGUGUAGUUUCAUCCAAUACCAAAGGCCUGCCUUUUCCAACACAAAUGUACAGUUUUCGCAAUGGGUGCAGGUUCGUCUGAAGAUUCCAUUGACCACUUUAGUCAUUUUAUAAAAAUCAAAAUUAAAUGUAGGAAAAUUCAAAAUACAUGAGGUUUCUUUUUGGAAUUUGGUAAUUGUAUCCGGUUUGUUCCAUAAAAUGGGUUUUGUGUGAUGAGAAAUUAAAUUGAUUCCUACUUUUUAUGCCUACAAAUAUGCCUACCCAAUAAAAUUAUGACAAGUGUCAUCUUUCUAUAUUUUUUAAACUAAAUCAUUAAGAUUAUAUUAGGAAUAUAUCAAAUACAAUUAAAUUGAAUGGUGAUUUGUCAUAAUUUUAGUGGGUAGGAAUAAUUGUAGGAGUAAAAGGUAGGA